AAUGGUGUCGGAUCUGGCCAGCGGCUGACUGUUAGCUGUGUUACCUGGGGUUUCUAGGUGGAGCCUGGUGGUGCUCAGCUGCCAGGGAGCGCUAAAGAGCGGCUGGGAGAGUGCCGGAGGUGGGGCCCUGCGUGGAGGGAGGGGGCCAGAACCCAAAACCCGGAGAAGGAGGGUUUUCUGCAUUUGUGUCAGUAGGGAAGACACAUGGCUGCCAUAGGCCUUUUCCCAUUUGUGAGCUGCGACUGUAGGAGAUUGGACUGGGAGUGACAGUGAACCACAGCUCCAGGAGAAUGGUCUGAAGAGGCUCCCGCUGCUCCGGCCUCACAGGAGGGACCCUACAAUCUGGGGGCUACUUUUCCUUUUCUUCUUUAAGUCAACCCAGGGGAUUUGUAUGUGUGUCUUCCUCCCCCUCACACCUCAUCAUCACCAAGUCCGCCCCCAACUGUGUUUUUUCUUUUUUUGAGAUUUGGGGGAUUUGCCAAAACCUAUUUCAUGCAUGUCCACUGGGGGCAGGUUCAACUUUGAUGAUGGGGGGUCAUACUGUGGCGGGUGGGAGGAAGGCAAAGCCCACGGCCAUGGCAUCUGCACUGGGCCGAAGGGCCAAGGCGAGUACUCAGGGUCCUGGAGCCAUGGUUUUGAGGUGGUGGGGGUGUACACCUGGCCCAGUGGGAACACCUACCAGGGCACCUGGGCGCAGGGCAAGCGCCAUGGGAUUGGUGUUGAGAACAAGGGCAAGUGGGUGUACAAGGGGGAGUGGACAAGUGGAUUUAAGGGACGCUACGGCCUCAGGGAGAGCACCGGCACCAGCGGGAAGUACGAGGGGACCUGGAACAACGGUCUUCAGGACGGAUACGGUACGGAGACCUACUCUGAUGGAGGUACGUACCAGGGCCAGUGGCUGGGGGGGAUGCGACAGGGAUACGGCCUGCGGCAGAGUGUGCCGUACGGCAUGGCAGCCGUCAUCCGCUCUCCGCUGCGUACCUCCAUAAACUCCUUGCGCUCGGAGCACAGUAACGGGAUGGCUCUGCUCCCGGACCGGGCCGGCGUGGCGUGCGUAGGUGGGAUGGGCUCCGCUGGCAGUCCGGCCGUGUCGCGGGGGGGCUUUGUGCUCACGGCACACAGUGAGGCAGAGUUGCUGAAGGGCAAGAAGAAGGGUCUGUUCCGAGGUCGCUCCAUCCUCAGCGGACUCAAACUGAGGAAGUCCGAGUCCAGGAGCUCUCUGGCCAGCCAGCGCUCCAAGCAGAGCUCGUUCCGCAGCGAGGCGGGCAUGAGCACGGUCAGCUCAGUCAACUCCACCAUCAGCCUGGGAGAAGGCGAGGCCGAACUGGCCGCUGCCGAGGACGAUGUGGACGCCACGGCAACAGAGACCUACUGCGGUGAGUGGAAGAACGACAAGCGCACGGGCUUUGGCGUGAGCCGGCGCUCGGAUGGCCUGCACUAUGAGGGGGAGUGGGUGGGAAACAAGCGGCACGGGUACGGCUGCACUACCUUCCCUGACGGGACCAAGGAGGAGGGCAAGUACAAGCAGAAUGUCCUGGUGAGCGGCAAGAGAAAGAACCUGAUCCCCCUCAGAGCCAGUAAGAUCAGAGAGAAGGUGGACCGGGCUGUGGACGCGGCCGAGAAGGCUGCAGACAUCGCCAAGCAGAAGGCUGAGAUCGCCAUGUCCAGGACAGCCCAUGCACGAGGGAAGGCGGAGGCGGCCAUGGGAGCAGCCCAGAAGGCCCAGGAAGAGUGUCGCCUCGCCAGGGUCACCGCCAAAGAGUUCUCCCCCUCCUUCCAGCACCGCAAAAACGGAGUAGAGGUCCAAAGGGCAAAGCAUCAGAACUCCAGUGAGAACGACAUUGAGGUGGUCUCCAGUGGCACAGGGCCAGACAGUCCUGAACUCUACAUGAAGGGCACUACGCCCCCAAACUUGACCCCUGACCUUAGCCCUGAGGCCAGCCACCCCUCCUCACCCCCCUGCAGCCCUGCAACCACCAAGCCACACUGCACCAAGAACGCUCGCUUCCUGCGGCAGAGUGCUGUGGACGAUGCUGGGGGUGGUGGCGGUGGGGGAGGGGGCAGUAGUGGGCAGGAGAUCCAGGUGCUGAUGGAGGGGCGCGGAGGGGGGGAGUACCUUAGGGCCAACAGCUGGAGUGAGGACAAGGACAAGCGCUCUUAUAAAGGGGGCAGCUGGGGCAGAAGUCGCUCUACCACCUCCUCUAUCCAAGAGGAGGCCAGGGGCAGCGGGCGCACCAACGGCCACGGCCACAAGCACGCCUCCUCCAAUCACAAGUCUCGAGAGCAUGGUUCGUCCAAUCACAAGGCCUCCAGGGACCGGUGGUCGGACUGCCCGUCAGCAUCGUGGAGGUCCCAGCGGACGCACAGCGGUGACACACGGCUGCUGGAGCAGGAUGAGGAGAAGCUGAGCAACUACGAGAUGGAGAUGAGGCCGCUGCAGCCGAUGGACUCCAACUCCCAGAAGCCCUAUGGGCUGGGAGAGGAGGGCCAUGGUCACGGGGGCGAAGCCCACUCCCACACGCUGCAGAAACAGCGGCCUAGUAAGAGCCGGGAGGCCAGGGAGGGCCGAGACAUGGAGGCGGCACGGCCUUCAGGGGCGCGGGAGGGUAAGGAGGGUAAAGAGGGCAAAGAGGGCAAGGAGGGACCGGCCCCAGACUCAAUGCAAAAGAUGGACAGUCUGCGCAAGGAGGACAAGCUGGAGGCUCGGCCUCUGCGCAGGGAUCUCACCCUCUCCCCCCCACAGAAAUCCUCACCCAUUGCACUAGAACACAACGAUGACAAGACACUGACCCAGCUCAAAGCAAACUCGAGCUCCAGCUCAAUUCUGGUCGUCAUGGUGAUUUUGCUCAACAUUGGAGUCGCAAUUUUGUUUAUCCACUUUUUUAUUUAAAAAUGUAUUACCUAUUGAUUCCUUUUAUUAUUAUACAUUAUUAUGAGUAUUAUCAUGACUAUCAGUAUCCAGCCCUUGACCAUUUGACACUUCUGUAAAGAAUACAGUAAGAGGAUAAACAAUAUGGGGAUACAGAUGGUUCCCAAUGCCCAGAUUUUAGAUAAGCAGUUAUCUGCAAAACAUUUUGGAUUUAAUUAUUUCUCUUCCUGAAAUUACCUGUUUUUCUUCUUAAAUCAUAGUUUAAAAACGUAUAAUUAAAAUGAUUCAUUUGCUCACGUAUG